AUGUUUCGAGGUUGCCCCCCGCCACAACGACAGCAAAGGAGACGACACCAUGGGCAACCUAGGCCGCCCGCGAACUUUCUCGAGUUCGAAGGGGUCGACGCCGAACGAACGCGGCGCUUUUCUGCAGGAGAUAUUUUCGGCAGCCGAGCAACCGCUUCGCGCCUCUCCUACUCCGCGGCUGAAUGGGGCCCGCUCGGAACGCGAAGCGCGAGAAGAGUAGUCCCCUCGGUGGGGAACGAGUUUCCACCGUGCCAUCGCAAGUACGACGAUGACAACGAAAGCAAGAACAACAACAACAGCAACAUCAGUCCGAGUAGGGAAGAAGUACACAGACACACAGACGAGCAAGCAAAUACCACACCACGAGAGCCCCGCCGGUCGCCCGGUGAUCAAGGCCUGGCCCUUCUCCGCGAACACCCCCCCGCUGCACAGCAAGAUGAGCCGGGAACCCCGCCCCCUACGGUCCCCUACGACAUGCUCGCAUGUGAUGGGCGGAAGAUCGAUUCUCCCCCUUCCAUCCUCUCCCCCUGUUCGGGACAACGGCGACGCCGGGCCUCAUGGCCCGGACCGAGGGGCUCCCGUCGGCGGGAUAAUGAACAGCCCAGCGAGUGCCACAAAGCUUCACCUCGGGCAGCGUCGGUUCCCCCCUCGCUGCAGCUGCGAUGGGAGAGGCAGGGCGUGUCAGGACGAACCUACCAAAACGAUGGGAAUCCGUCUCUCUACCGCAAGAAGGGGUACAUGCUCCUUUUCACCGCCAUGUACAUGACCCUCGUGCCAACGGCUGACGAGGCAGAGGCGAAGGAGACCGCGCGCUGGGAGUACGGCGAGGACGCGAAGGGGCUGCCCCAGGACCUCGGGCGGGCGGGAAUCACGCUGGGGGCGUUCUCGAAUGCCCUCUUUGCCGUUGCGGACAACUGGACCGAGACGGUGCGAUCCAAGGACUACAUCGAGUUCCUGUGCCUGCUCUGGGAGCGCGUGAGGCCGGACGUCCUCUUCCGGCCGCUUCCCCUUAAGCCAGAGAGCGACGAUCCCCCCUCGGCUCCGCCCCAACACAAGGGCAAUCACACAGCCGCUGCUGCAAAGAAGAUCGGUAGGAGAAACCAGAAGGCGCGGAGGAAGAACUGGGGAAACGACGGGGACGACGAUAACUCCCGCCUUCACGAGAAGAGCCCGAAGGCGGCGAACGUGUUGGGCAUUGGUGACGAGAGAUGGCGUGGAGGAGGAGGAGGAGGAGGAGGAGAGGGGAGAGAAGGCGAAGCGCUGGACGACGACCGCCGCGCCCCUCCCACCCGUCUUCCGCCGCCGCAGACACCCGACGGCUUGCAGCAGCUGCGCAUCCCGGGGUUUCGACCAAAGGAAGCGCAGCGUGCUGCGUGGGUUCGGUACAAGCAACGCCGCAUCGUCGAUCCCGGCCGGGGAAUUCUGUUGACUCCGGAGGGGAUGGACGGUGCGCGCGGCAUUCACCGCGGCGGGGGGAAGGGGGAGAACAGCGGUGGAGCAAAGGAAAACCAGCGGCAACAGCAGCAGAAACCGGAGACGGAAGAGCAAAACAGGAAGAAAAUGGGACGGCGGCGGACGCGAGUGACUGGCAUUCUGAAGGAGGCGGAUCGUCAGCGCGAUGUUAGGACUGGUGGGGGGGGGGGAUACCGUCCGAAGGAGGAGGAGGUGGAGGUGGAAAUGGAAAAGAUGGAGAGCAUCUGGGAUUUCAUAACCAGGANGGACGCCUUCAUCCUCUUCGUGGAGCGGAAGCGGCCCGACCUCUUGGACAACAACAACAACAUCAACAACAAAAAUUACGGCAGGAACUCGGAUGUCGGUGCGGGUGACCAGACAAAGCUCGCGCUUGGCCGUCCCAACUCCUCCCCCAGCCCGAAACGUCCCGCUGCUAGCGGCGGCGGCGGCGGCGGCGGCGGCGGCGGCGGUGGAAGGGUGGCUGCACCACCCACCACCGCCGCCGUCGUCCGGCGCUACCGCACCCAAGAGGCCACCUGGGAGAGGGCGCGUCGCCAAACCGUCCCCGCGAGAGCCUUGGGGGAGUUGCUGGAGGCGUGGAGGUCGGGCCAAGAGGGGAUGACGCCGGCGGAAUACGGGGCGGCCUUCAUCGGCCCUCUGCAGGCGAGAGACCGCGGGGCGGCGGCGUGGUUGAUGAGGGGGCGCGUGUCGUACGCCAUCGCCAACGGCUGGGGCACAAGGGCCGGAGGUUGCCACUCGCAGCAAACCCUGGAUGGCGUCGCGGCGGAGUGGAGGCGCGGGAGGGGUCGCUGUCCCGAGAUGGACGCCCUGUGGGAGGUUCUGCGAGAUCUUCUCUGGGAUGAGGCAGAAGACGCUAUCGACGAGGCCCUCAGCGACGGUGUCGACCUGUACAGCAUCCCCCACCGCCUUCUCCACGACCCGCCGAGAGGGCGACAAGGCCACAGGAGCAGUAGCAGCAGCAUCAGAAGCAUCAGAAGAAGCAGCACCCGCCCGGUGCUGCCGUCGCCACGGCAGCGCGGUGAUUACGACCACCAGCAACGCCAUCGUCGUGCUUCCACGGCCCCGGCGUCAACAGACGGCGCUGCGGCCGUGGAAUUUGAUGGCGGGGGUGUUGAUGGCGGGGACAACGGUUUCGACAGACAUGGAGGCGGGAAAGGUCCCGAGGGAAGAGUGCUGCUGCAGGGAGAGAGGGUUGCCGGCUCCGUGCGGCAAGGGCAGGCCGCUUUCUACCAGACCCCAUGUCCUACAGAGAGGGGAGCGUGCCUCGAAAUCACCCUCGAGUCCCAUGACACCGGAUCGAGGGCACGGGGGCGAAGCAACGACAACGGCAUACCGACCGCCAUCAGCCUUUACGCCGUCCAAGCCCCGCACCGGCCACUGCGCCUGUCGUUCUACACCUGGGUUUCCCGCGGAAAAACCCACCACCGCCUUCUGCUCAACUGGAAGGGCCCCGCCGCUGGAUUGAAGGGGGGCGACGAGGGAACUCUAUCCCCUGCCCCGUCCCCGCCCCGCACGGGCAAACUCAUUUCGUCACCAUGGGAUGGAGUAAGGGGAUACACGUCCCCCCGCCCCGCCACGGCAUCCGCCUCCAAGCCAUGGAAGCCCGUGCCACCGGCCCCGAUUCACAUCGCGGUAGUUUGCCCCGAGCCUCCACCGCCGCCGUCCCCGCUAGCCCCUGCUUUCGACGGCAGCGGCAUCGGUAUCCUCGCAGCCCCGGACCAAGCCGAUGAAACGCUCGACGAUCGAGGUAUUUUCGGGGGCGAUCUUCAGGAGCCCGCGCGGGUAGUGGAUGGUGCUACCACGGGGUCCGUGGGGAGACAGGUGGCGCCGACGAGGAAGAGAGUAAGGUUUACGGUCCGGGUGAGGGUGGUGGGGCCUCCAAGGGUGGUGCUAGAGGGAAGGUGGUACUCGCUACCCUUCGGAACGGACACAGGAGAGGGAAUGACAGGCCCACAUCCCCUGGCCACUUUCGCCACCCUUCGACUACCGACACCGCUCAAGGCUACUCGAUGGGGCCCGGAUUCCUACCCAGCAGAUCCCUUUGGAGAUCGGGAUGUGUCCGUGUUCUCAGGGGAGGAAGACAGGCCCGGCUUCGUGGACUCGGCAACCUUGGUAACUCUUCAGGUGAGGGCGAGGCUUAGAGCUAGGGGGCGCGUCGAGAGAAAAUAG